AUGGGUGCUAAUGAUAGUCCAACAACAACUCGUUCAAUUGUAACUGAUUAUUUCGAUUGGCGUUUAAGUAAUAAAAUAACAACAGAUCGUUUAUUUUUAAUUGUACGUAAAAUAGCUAGUGAUUGUGAAGCAACUUAUCGUUCUCAACAACCAACAUUUAAUUAUCGUUUGUCAUCAGCAAUUGAUUUACAAACAUUAGAUAAUAUACGAAUUAUUCAUAAUGAAAUAGCAAACGAAUUAUUUAGUGAUGGUGUUAUAACGUGGGGACGUAUUAUAACAUUUAUAGCAUAUUCAGCUGUGUUAGCUGAACAUAUUAUACAACAAUUAAACAAUAAUAAUUUAUCACCAAAUUUAAUUAAAUCAACUAUUAUUGAUUGGACAACAGAUUUUAUUGAUUCUAAUCUUCAAACAUGGCUUCAAAGUCAAAAUUAUUGGGCUGGCUGUUUAAAAUUUUAUGAUAAAGCACUACAACGACGAAAUUCAAUUGGUCGUUAUGCUGGUAUACUUGGAACUAUCGGUGUGCUCACACUCGGCGCUUUUUAUAUGAGACGAACUUGA